GAAUGAUAAUAAUAGAUAUGAGUAUAAGCAGUCAUUUUGAUUGCUCACAAUUUUCACUGAAAUGUACAAGCUUUCCGUAACUCACCUCGCUGUUUUCACUGCACUUAGGUUGACGUUUCACUUCAGGUUUCACUGCAGUUUGGUUGACGUUUCACAGCAGGUUUCACUGCAGUUAGAAUCAUGUGUUUUUCCUGCUCCAGUAAGACUGCGGAGGCAUACUUAACCAACUGUAAUACACCAGCACCUCAGCCUAUUUCCAGUGUGUACUCAUCUAAGACCUGCCAAAGACCUAACUGUUUAUAAAUGAAGCGUGGGGCACAAGCUCCCAUUCAGCCCUUGUUUAUUUUAUUCAAGUGAAAACACCUAUUUAAAGCCUGUCUGCUUCAAAUGCUUAACUCUAAUCCAGGCUUGAAGCACUGCUUUUCUCAGAAGGAAGGUUAAUCAAUGGAAAGCCACUAUCAGACCUACAGUAUGGUGUUCAUUGUGGCAUGAAGACAUAGGAGGGAUCAGACACUUCGCUCUUUUUAAUUUAUAUAUUCCACUUAAGGAAUGGCUUAUUUUUUUACAGUAAAACUGAUUCUUUACAUACAUGUUUUCAACUUGCUGCAAAUUUUCACCGGAGUAUAAUCCCCCUUGAAAACCUGAGACCAAGGUGACAUCUGGGAAUUAAACGUGAGAAGAGCAAACAGAAGUGAAAUUAAAUGAAGCCAGUGGAAGCAGAAACACGACUAGCAAAGCUGACCCCCUUCGAGAAAGCCAUACACGACAUGUCUCACAAUGAGCGUGUGCUGAAUGACAUCAUGCUGGAAAGGCGCGUUGCCUUCUAUGAGCUCCGGGGGAUGGUCGGGAAGGGGAACUUCUCACAGGUGAAGCUGGGGAUCCACACCCUGACCAAAGAGAGGGUUGCGGUCAAGGUUAUGGAUAAGAUCUGUCUGGGUGUGAAGCUCAAGAAGCUGAUAGUAUCUGAGAUAUCCUGCAUGGAACAACUGUCACAUCCCAACAUCGUCCGCUUGUAUGAGGUGUUUGAGACGACAAAGAACAUUUACUUGGUGAUGGAGUACGGCAGUAAAGGGGACCUCGACUCACACACGAGAGCCAAGGGCUACCUGUCUGAAAUGGAGAGCAAGGAGAUCUUCAGCCAAAUCCUGUCUGCCGUCAUGCACAUGCAUGACAAGAAUAUUGUCCACAGAGACCUGAAAGCAGAGAACAUCAUUCUCACCUCCAGCUGCCAGGCUAAGGUGGCCGAUUUUGGCUUUAGCACGGUCAGCAAGCCCGAUGAAGUCCUUACCACCUUCUGUGGGUCUCCUCCUUACGCGGCUCCUGAGAUCUUCAGGGGGAGAGGCUACGUGGGCCAUUAUGUCGAUAUCUGGGCACUUGGGGUCCUGCUGUACUUCAUGGUCACAGGCCUCUAUCCAUUCCGUGGUGUCAAUUUGGCCCGACUGAAGCGCCGGAUCACUCAGGCCACCUUCCACAUCCCUCCCCAAGUCUCUAAGUCGUGCCAGUUUGUCAUCAAGGGCAUUUUGCAGAAGGCACCAGUCAAUCGUUUUACCAUCCAGCAGAUCAUGACCAGUCCGUGGCUGAAGGGAGUUGAGUACAUGAAGCCGUACCCCCCCAUCAACCUCACGCCUGCUUAUCUAGCAGAGCCAUCCUGGACCCUGUGUGAGGAGGAGAAGGAAGUGAAGUCAACCCUUCUAAGUUUAGGGUUCUCAAAUGCUCAUCUGAAGAAUAACACUUGUGCCGACUCGUACACUGCCGUCAUUGGCACCUAUCGCAUCAUACUGCAUCGUGUCCAGAAGAACAAGUCUCUGGAGAAUCCCAGCUGCUUGUGCAUCGUGCCCAGAAGAAUAUGUCUGUGGAGAACAAUGGCCUUGUGCACACCUCCACUCGCUCCAUGGUGACCACUGUCCCGCACACGCUGUGUGUGGUCUGUGCGACACUCGUUCUCUGGGGACAUCACUUCAGUGAAGUCCGUCAUAGUGUAAAAGUAGUGUUUUGCUAAACCUCUGUAAAUAAAUAUAUGUGAAGAAGUGUGGUGUUGCUGAGGAGCCACUAAAGCCUUAUAGCCUGUCAUAGUCUGCCGUGUGACAAAGUGCGCAGUAAUUCCCUGGCUGUUUGUGGCCAGCGGACAGUCAGCUGCUGACGCAGGAUAGCUAACUUUAGCAUAAGCUGAUUAAAAUUAAAAUUCUUGGAAGACCAAUUCUGUUGUUCUGUGAAUCAAUGUGCCUGACCCGAAUCUCUGGAUAAUUAAACAGCUGUAUAAAUAA